AUGAAAGAGUGCUUGAACUUGCGUAAUGGGUUGCCACCAUCAACUACAAAUCUUGAGCAAUUGAAGCUGGUGAUAUGUGAUGAAGAGAGGGCCAAGUUUUGGGAACCUAUCAAGGAAGUUCUCACCAUUCUAGAGGUCAAGCUAUGGCUAGGUGGUGCAGUGAAGGGUGCUUGUGUGGUGCAGGGAAGUGUGUUGCUGUGUGGGCAGGGUAGUAGAAGGCUUGAACAUACAAAGAGUCAAAUCUGUACGGUCGCUUCCGACCGUACAUUUGAAACUAUAUCAGAGUUUAGAAUUCCUUUCAAUUUUCAAUCUGGAUAUCCCGAAUUAGUGGGUUCAUGUAAUGGCAUAUUGCGUGUCGCUGAUCAUAGGAAAUUUGCGAUUAUGGAUGUGUACUUGUGGAACCCUAGUAUUAGAAAAUUUAAGAGGUUACCCGAUACUUGCUUGACCCAGUUACGUACUGUGAGACUAGGAUUUGGGUAUGAUUCCCAAAAUAAUGAUUACAAGGUUGUCAGGAUUUCAUGGACUUGUGCCAAACCUAUGCCUCCCCCUGAGGUUGAGGUGUACUCAUUAAGUUCGGCUUCAUGGAAAAGAGUUGAACUUGGAAUCUCAUGUCGGCCCAAAUUUAAUUUUACUUUGACAUUCCCAUUUGUGAGUGGACAUUUGCAUUGGAUGAUAACAAAGAUAGAAGGAGGAGGUGGGCAAUAG